AUUGUUUGUGAAACGAAACUCCAAAAUAUCUCAACCCAUCUCUAUCUAUUCCUGGUUCUCUCCCCUCCUAUCUUGUACAUUAUCGUUGCUAUCCUUCACAUACAAUCAAAUCAUCUAUACUAAAUCUUCCAUAAUUCCACAAACAACGCACUUCCAUUUCAUCUUAUCCUUCUGGUCCUAACAGACCGGGUCUCAUCUCCCUCCUCACCCACCCCAAAGAAAACACACACAGCCUCUUUCUCUCUCCAAGAAAAGAACAAAACAACAACUAUGGGCAGCAUCUCCCUCUCCCAGGCGGAUCCCACCACCACCACCGACAACCUCCCAACCUUCAAAACCCCCUGGCACCCGACCCCGCUCCUCGAAUCGACCACCCUCUCCCGCGCCGCCGGGUGCCGGAUCUUCCUGAAGCUGGAGAACCUGCAACCGAGCGGCUCCUUCAAGUCGCGCGCCAUGGGCAACCAGAUCCUGUCGCACCUCCGCAAGCCCGAGCACGCCCACCGCGCCGUGCACUUCUACGCCUCCUCCGGCGGCAACGCCGGGCUGGCCGCCGUCUGCGCCGCCCGCACCCUCGGCUACCCCUGCACCGUCGUGGUGCCCGUCUCGACCAAGCCCCUGAUGGUGACGAAGCUGCGGCGCGCCGGGGCGGCGGACGUCAUCCAGCACGGGGAGACGUUUGCCGAGGCCGGGUCGUACAUGAAGGAGGUGGUGAUGCAAACACAAUCAUCCCGAGGAGAUGGGGAGGAGGAUGUGGUGAAGAUCGCGCUGCAUCCGUUCGAUAACGAGCCCAUCUGGGAGGGCAAUAGUACCAUUGUCGAUGAAUUGGUGCAGCAGAUCCCCCCGCCGGCGGGCCCGGAGGAGGAGGCCGUCCAUGCCGGACGGGCGUUGCCGGUGGAUGCGAUUAUCUGUAGUGUUGGCGGUGGCGGGUUGUUGAAUGGGUUGGUGGCGGGGAUUGAGCGGGAGCGGGCGCGGUCGUUUGCGGAGGAUGGAGGUGAAGUGGUGAAGCCGGUGCAUCUGCUGGCGGUCGAGACCAAGGGCACCGAUUCCCUGGCCGCCGCGCUGCAGCACGAGGAGCUGGUCUCCCUGCCCAAGAUCACCUCGCAGGCUACCUCGCUGGGCGCCGUCCGCGUCUCCGAACGCACGUUCCAGUAUGCCGUGAAGCCGCCCCCGGGCGUGAGGGUGCAUAGUGCCGUGUUGUCGGAUGCGGAGGCGGCCAAGGGGGUGUUGCGGCUCGCGGAUGAGGAGCGGAUGUUGGUCGAGUUGGCGUGUGGUGUCUGUGUGGAGGCUGCUGUUGGUGGCGGUUCGUCGUCGUCGGCGGGCAAAAAGAGGAAGUAUGUGGAUGAAGGUUACGGGGAUGAUCGCCUGUCGGCCGGGGAGAAUGACGACGAGGGCUUCUCGCCGGUGCACGCCCCUUCGCCACCUGCGGCGGCGUCGCUGUCGUCGAAGUUGAAACAGUUGGUCCCCGACUUGAAUGAGGACAGCCGCGUGGUCAUCGUUGUCUGUGGUGGCAGCAAUGUCACCAUUGAUAUGGCGGCGGAAUGGCGGAAAAUGCUGAGUGAGGGCUGGGCUUGACUGCGUUGGGAUCUCGGGUUUUGUCAUAUACGGAUAGAUAUGCUGCUUUCUUGUGGGUUCAGAACCUGGCUGCGCAGGCUUCGUCUUACGAUAUUUAAUGAAUUCAUGAUUGUUUUGAGAUUCGAUUUGGUGUAUUUGCCUCUGUAGCAGGAGAACUAGAACCGGAUGGAAUCUGAUGUCGGAAUGGUAUUUUCUUCUGUCACUUGUCAGGUAGGGAGUAAUUCUGCAA